CCCGCCGGGGCUGGGAGCGGGGCCGGGGCCGCUCGGGGCGUUCAGGGAUGGAUGCAGCGCCCGGGAGCGCCCCGUCGUCCUCCGCCGCGGCGCUGCGGCUGGCGCUGUCGGCUCCGGGGCUGCCCGAGGGUCCGCUGGGCUGCCCCAUCUGCCUGGACGUGCUGCGGGACCCGGUGACGGUGCCGUGCGGGCACAACUUCUGCCAGGGCUGCUUGCAGGCGCUCCGCCAGCAGCCAGGCCCCCCCGACGGCGGCGGGGCGGGCGGGGCCGCCCGCUGCCCGCUGUGCCAGGAGCCCGUCCCCGCGGCCCUGCGCCUCUGCAAGAACCGCGCCCUGUGCGAGCUCCUGCCGCUGCUGGCCGCCGCCGCCGGCGCCUCGUCCCCGCCGCCCUCGACGUCCCCGAUGGCGCCGGGAGCCGAGGAGGAGGACGCGGCGGGGGAGGAAGGAGCGGCGGUGCUGUGCGACGUGUGCCCGCCCGGGUCCCGCGCGGCGGCCGAGCGGUCGUGCCUGGUGUGCCUGGCGUCCUUCUGCGGGCCGCACCUGGAGCCGCACCGGCGGGCCCCGGCCUUCCGAGCGCACCGGCUGGUGGCCCCGCUGCGCCGGCUGGAGGAGGGGCUGUGCCCCCGCCACCUGCAGCCCCUCGACGGCUUCUGCCGCGCCGAGCAGAGCUGCGUGUGCGCCCGCUGCCGCGCCCACGAGCACCGCGGCCACGACGUGGUGCCCCUGGAGCAGGAGCGGGAGCACAAGCAGGCCCAGCAAGCCAAAUUCCUCAGCGAUGUGGAGAAUGAGCUGGAGGAGCUGGCAGUCACCAUCACCCAGGCCAAGAAGAUGGUGGAGCUCAUUAAGGGUGCUGCCACAAAGGAGAGGGAGAGGGUGGAGAAGCUCUUUGCAGAGGCCUCUGAGGUGCUGGCAGCCUUCCAGAAGGAGGUGACAGGAUUCAUCGAGGACGGGGAGCGCUCCAUGCUGGGCGAGGCCGAGGCCGAUCUGCGCUGGAAGGAGCAGAGACGAGCCAAGCUGGCACAGUGCAAGCAGAGCCUGGAGAGCGUGCCCAGCACCGACACCAUCUACUUCCUCCAGGAAUUUCAGGCCUUGAAAGCAGCCAUGGAAGAAAAGCUCUCUCCACCUUUGAGCUUCCAGAAAGAGCUGAACUUCACCAAGUGCACCCAGGCUGUGAGUGCCAUGAAGGAUGUGCUGUCCACUGCCUGCAAAAACCAGUGGAACCACUUGCAGGGGAAAGGAAUUGAUGGCUUGAAUUGCCAGGAGAUGGAGGAAGCGCUGGCUGAAUCCCGAUUUCCAGACAAGUCAAACAACCCUGCCUGCCUGGAGAACCGUGAUUAUUUCCUGAAAUUUGCCUUCAUCAUCGACCUGGACAGUGACACAGCCGACAAGUUCAUCCAGCUGUUCGGCACCAAGGGGGCCAAGCGGGUGCUGUGCCCCAUCCCCUACCCGGAGAGCCCCACGCGCUUCAUCAACUGCGAGCAGGUGCUGGGUUUGAACCUCAUGAACAGGGGCAACUACUACUGGGAGGUGGAGCUGAUCGACGGCUGGGUGAGCAUCGGGGUCAUCGCCGAGGACUUCGACCCGCGGGAGGCCUACAACCACGGCCGCCUGGGCAGGAACGACAGGUCCUGCUGCCUGCAGUGGAACGGCCAGAACUACGUGGCCUGGUUUGGUGGCUUCGAGUGCCCCAUCCAGCAGCCCUUCUUCCACACCAUCGGCGUCUUCCUGGAGUAUUCGGAGAAGGCUUUGACCUUCUACGGGGUCAAGGACUCCAAAAUGACCUGCCUGCAGCAGCUCAAGGUCUCCCCUUCUGCCAAGGGGAAGCUCGACCCGUUCCAGAGCAAGAUCAACCGCCAGUUUGCCUCUCUUUUCUCGUGCAAGCUGAAGCCAGCCUUCUUCCUGGAGAGCGUGGAUGCCCACCUGCAGAUCGGGCCGCUGAAGAAGGACUGCGUGUCCGUGCUGAAGCGCCGGUGACUGCCCGGGCAGAGGGGCACGGACAGACCCUCAGAAGGCUCUCCUGCCACCUCUCCUUGGUAGCCCUGUGUGUGUCUGUGGCAGCCCUCCCUCCUCUCUGCACUGCUGGGGACCCAGGGCCGGGAUGGGGCUGGGUCCGAGUGCCAGCUCUGCCGCUGGGUGAGCUCGGGCCAGUCCCUGUGCUGCUCCCUGCCCCUCAGCUUCCCUUUCUGGACAUCAGGGACUGCCACAGCCUUUCUUGGUAAAGCGUGCUGCUCAGAAGUGCCACAUGGAUUUGGAGCUGUGCCUUGGCCACCUGCCCAGUCCCUCUGCUUCACCUCUGCUCACUCGGCCCCGGCGACUUGUGCCGAUGCUUUGUGCCUUAUCUCAGGCUCUGUUCCUGAUGCUUUUUUAAGUUGACACCUUCUGCAUGCUCCUCAUGAAGUGCCUUUGAUGGAGCAAGCCCUGUGUGGACAGGUGAGCCCCCAAGGCAGGCGUGGUCACUUCCCAUCCCCUCUGUGCCCUGGCAUGGGCGAGGUGGUGCCCCAGGGAGAGGGAUGUGGAGGAGCCUGCCUGGCUGCUGGGGUGAUGCUGGAGUGAUGCAGCACCUCUCCUUGCCCACCCAUUAGUGCUGCAAAUGUGAAACGAGGAUCUCUGCCCAGCUGGGAAAGGGAGAAACCUCCUGCUGAGCAGCAGCACAACUGUUCCCAGCUGGAGAUGGGGAAGGGAGCAGCACAAGCCAAGUUUUGAGGAUGUGCUUUAAGUAAACACAUUCUUUGGUAACUCCUAGCAAAGCUUUGCAGCCAAAUUUUCCCCCAUGUUUUUGAUGGCACUGUUGUUGUGUGGGGUUUUAGUACUGUUAAAUGACCAACCCUUCAAGAACCCUGGGCAAGAACCCUGAACCCUCUUCAAGAACUUGAGCUGAAAAUCUGCCCCUUAGCUUAGGGAUUUUUAAGUGGCAGAGGUGCUGUGAAUAUGUCCCAGAGAUAAAUGGUCUGGUUUAGUGUUCUAGGACAGCUGUGCCUCGAUAAAGGUGCAGCAUCAGUCAGCUACUAAAUGACCCUUUAGACUCUGGGAAUAAGUAACAAUUAACAAAAACUACCCUCAAGCGAGGGGGAACACUGUUCCCUUCAGGAAAGGUGGAAACUCGAGGCUGAGAGACAAAUCUGCCAGUUCACAUGUCCCGAGGGAGCUUUUUCAGAAGGAAAACAGAGAAAUGCUGCCUGUGAGAGCAGCACAGAGCAGCCCCUGUCUCAGCACAGCCUGCCUUUCCACAAGUUUAUUUUUUCUGGGGUUAUUUUGCUACCUACCUCCCAAAGCCUGCUUUACAGAACCAUGGUGCUGGGUAAUGUACACCUGGAGAAAAAGCACAGAGGGUCAGGUUCUUCACUGGCAUGAGUGAGUCAGGGAUGAUGCAACAACCAGCAGGAAUAAUAAACAGCCCAUUCAGCUAAAUAUAUGAAAUGUACAUAUAUUUUCCCCAAAGGAUAAGCUGGAAAUCAUAGUGCUAUAUUCAAGUGGAGCCAAGGGAAAAAUGUGAAUAAAAGGCAGGCACAAAGCUGGCAGGUUUGAAGUUAAAGCCACGUUUACACGCUGAGGCUCAAAGAGCUCCUUUACUGUGACUGCUUUGGCAGCACUGCCAGUUUCUGGUGGUGCAGAAAGAGCUGCCAGUGCCCUGAAAAUUGGGAUAUUUUAGUGGAUCAAGGGUCUGAAUGCAGCCACCCCUUCCCUGGGGCAAGGCUGGUGAGUCAGUUUGGGAAGGGGCUUGCUGGGAUCUGUCUGCAAAUUCCUCCUCCUCCUCCCCUGCAUGAGGUUUCUCCUAAACCGCUGCAAGCAGUGGGAAAGGGAACAGUAGGGCUUCCAGAAUGAAAUCUUCAGCUGAAAUCUUGGCCUUUCCUGGCUGCUGGGAAAGCUGCCCAGACUUCUGUCCGGAUGGGAAUUCAUUCCCUGAGCUCCAAACCCUCUUUGUUUGGCUGGCGCCUGCGGAGCCCAGCCCUUGCACGAGAUGUCAGCGGUGACACAGAGCAGGCACAGGGGCAGAACGUGGUGUCAGGAGCUCCUGGAGGAAUGGGAAGGGCAGAGCUGUGCCACAGCACGGUCACACCCUGGCAGGACAGGGCAGGGAAGGAGCCUCCAUCUCUGCAGGAAGAGAUCUCCCACGAGGGCCCUCGUCUGCGCCCUAAAUCUCAUUUAUCCAGGCUGAACUCCCACAGUUUGCAGCCAGGAGUUUUGCCAGGGUAAACACAGCAGAUCUGGGGCUUUGCCCUGCUUGGUUUCGCUGUAGGUGGAUGGAUUGCUCCGAGGGGAAACCCACGCUGGAGCCACUCAUCCCACCCUUCUCCACUUCCCCAGCGCACAGACACAAACCCCUGACCUCCUUCAGGGCUCGGGGCGCUCAGAGGGAUCCUCUCUUCCCAUCCUGCCACCACGUGGGAGCAGCUCAGGAGGCCCCUGGGCCGUCUGGCCAUGGUGUGGGCUUGUGCUGCAGCUUUGUUGGGAUUCAUGGAUGCAGCUCCACGGAGCUCCUGUGCAUGUGCCACAGCUGGGAAGUGCUGCCCAAGCCUCUCCUUCCUGCUGCUUGCUUUCAUCCUGGCUGGGAGUGCUAAAACCCCUCCUGCUUUAGGAUGGUUUAAGAUAGGAGCAAUCCCCUCAGGAGCUGGGUCAGAGUUUGCCCUGUGCUGCCAGGAGUUUGUAAACUGGAACAAGCAGGGAGUGUGCACUGUGCCAGCUCUGGAUCCUUGAUUUUGCUGUAAACAAAGGGUUAAAAGCAGGGUGAGAUGGGCUGAGAUGGAUUUAUGGCAAUUUAAGCAGCCUUUCCUUGUUCCCUUGGGUUAUUUCUGCUGUCACAGAGUGUUCCUCUUUUUAAUUAGGAUUUUUUAAAUACAGUAACUGUAGGGUGUUUUACAGUGUGUGAAAAAACUGUAACAGAAUAAUGCAAUGGUGUUAGAGACUAUGAUUUGAACAUUAAAUAUGAUACAGUCA